AUGGAACUCGAAUCCGCAAUUCCAGAAUGGCUCCGGAAAGAGCGCACCGUUCCCGCAAAGGCGCCACCAGGCUUCGUACCACCUUUCGAGCUAUACAGUUCGCGCUUCCCCAAGACCAUUAAAGACAUAGUCAUGGCCAUCAUCGGCGCCCAGUACGCAUCCGUAGACCUCCACGACGGCGGCGCACUGAAGACGAUAGCCUCCUUCACGACCUCCGAUCGAGUCGCACCGGCCUCGCGCCCGGCCUUCCACGAAGCCGCGGCUGUGGUAGAUAAUCGGGGUUUCUACAACGUUGCGGUGUUUGCGUACUGGCCCAGCAAGACCGCGUACGAGGAGUGGUCUACCGAGAGCGGUUUCCGAACAUGGUGGAGUGAGGCGAAGCCCGGGGACGAGCCACGGCAUGGGUGGUUCUUGGAGGUGUUUCUCCCGACGGCCGAUCGGUUUGAGACUGUGUUUUCCAACGCUGUACCGGAAGGUGCAGCACACAUGAGAGACAGCCUUAGCGGUCCCAUCAAGGAGCAUGUCUACUGGGGGAGCAUGCGAGAUCGCCUGCCCGUAUCCCAGACAGAUGAACUUCUCGGAGACCCGGAAGAAGCAAGCAAGCAGAAAACCAACGGAUCAACAUCACAGAACGGCGAAUCCCAUCUGCCAGAGAGGGUCCGCGUCCAAGGCAAGAAGAACCUCACCGUCAUCCGGUCUGGACAAGACUGGUCCUCAUCGCUCCCCGAAGAGCGGCAAAUCUACCUCGACGCGAUGCAGCCGCCGCUGGUCAGAGGUAUGGAAUACCUUCGUGACCACGGCGACGAGGCCGGCUGCUUCAGCUGCCGCUUCAUGGAGAUCGUCGACCCCGUGACGGCCAAGGGCGGGCAUGAUCGGACUUUCGGGCUGGCGUACUUUGACAACCUCGCCUCGCUGGAGCGCUGGAGUAAAGAGCACAGAACGCACCUGGCCAUCUUCGCCGAGUUCGCGAAGUAUGCCAAGAGGUUGGGGGACCAGAUGUCCUUGGCAUUAUUUCAUGAGGUUCUGGUUCUAGAGCCUGAGCAGCAGUUCUUUGAGUACAUUGGGUGUCAUGAUGGGACGGGUAUGCUGAGUUCUUUGUGA